AUGACAGACCUCAUUUAUGCAGAAAAAGAUCUGGUUCAGUCAUUAAAGGCAUAUAUUCAAGAAGAAGAAUCUAAGCUUGCUAAAAUCAAGAGGUAAAGUGAGAUUAGACAAAGUGAUACUUUGCCAUUUUAACAUAGCACCUCUGCUCUUCCUUGUCACUGGAGAUUGUUGCCCCUAUGUUUGUCUUUGGGAUCUGAGCCAGAAGAGUAAGUGAGGAAGCACAGAGGAGGUUGCAGCACUGAGGCUCAGGUGAAAGUGGCUCAAGGUUUGAGAAACACUGGCUCUGGCACUCCACCUUAUCAGAUGCUGUGUCAGUGCAAAGGCUUAAAAACCAGGCUGUAAGAAAGCAAUGACAAAAGUGUUUUAAAAUAAAUUUCCCUGUGGCGAUUCACUUUGCAAUUUGAUUGUUUAACUAGCAAAGUGCAAGAGGCACGACGAUAGCUAAGCAAUUCACACAGCUCAAGAAAGAAAAAGGAUACAGGGACAGAGGAAGGCAAUUGGGGCUUUUGUAUCUCUAUCACAACCCUCCCAGAGCAUAUCAUAUGCCUGGGCUAAAAAUAAAAUCAGAACUGCACUUGAGGCAUAUACUCGUGUUUUCCAGUUGGGCUGAGAAGAUGGAAUCCCUAACUGUUAAAUCGACUUCAGAUCCAGAAGGUUAUCUUGCCCACCCAGUCAAUGCAUAUAAACUGGUAAAGCGUCUCAACACAGAAUGGCUGCAGCUGGAGAAUCUGGUUCUUGAGGAUGCAACCAAAGGUGAGGAUCUCAAAGAAACCAAGCUUUUGAAAUAAUCAGUGUGGAAAGCAACAUGCCUUUUCUUCUUUAAUGCCACAGUGUCUGUUCAAGAAGCCUCCUCUCCUCAUCUGUGUUUGUUUUCAAAAAAGUGUCAACGGGCACCCAUGUUUGUGUAAUGAGUUCAGUUCCUUGCCCCAUUCACAAGAACAUUGGGUUUGUUUUUAAUUCCAUUCAGCGACAGAAAUAUUCACUAACCAGGAAUCGCCAUUAAACUCUUCCCAGUCGGUCCUAAACUACAGUCAUGAGUGUUCACUAAUGUGUAUGUAGGCUCCCUCUCUUCCUCACUCGUGGUCUUCAAGCAGAGCUGGUGGACAGCCUUCUGCUGGAGAUGCUCUCACUCUUGAUAUCGUGCAUCGUCCAAAGGGAUUGGAAUAGAUGGCUCACAGGCCACACCAUUCCAGCUUGACUGCUUCUGCCAUAUUCAGUAAGAUGGAGUGGUGCUGAGUGGCCCAAAAUCUUUCUCUCCUUUUUAUUCAUUUAUUUGAAAUAUUUGUAUACCACCCUUCCUUAUAAAUGCAUAUGCAUACAGUUGCAAAUAGAUUCAUUAAAACAACAAAAAUAAUAAUGCAGCAAAUCACAGUAGAAGACAUCAAUAAAAGCAAGGUUUUAGAAAUAAGCACUUGGCACCACAGUAACAAUGUUUUAUUCAAAACUAAUGAAACAACUCCAGAUGUUUCUACAGGAAAGAAGUCCCAAAUGUUUCCCUCAGGGUAUCAUUAAUCAGAUGUUUGGUCAAAAAUAUGUUGCUUUUGCUGCCUCUCCAGCAAGUGAUAGCUGUGUUGAACUGUCCUUAAAAAUCAUUAUUUGCCACCUGGCAAACCACCCACAACUGGUGAGUGCGUUCCAUAACAAAUAGGAAUCAUGUGCCCACCAAGCCUUUAUUCUUCAAAAGGUUCAAAAGCACAUGACGUAAACGAUGUCAGAAGCAUUCAGGGAAUAAGAUCUGCACAAUUCAGCAAGAGAGUUAGAGGGAGGAGGGCACAAUCCACAAGGUGAGUGGGUUUGUAUGCUAAUCUAGAAGGCCUGUUCCCACUAAAUCAACUGAUGUUUCUACCCUCUCGGUCAUGUGUGUAUGUAUGGUAGUAUGGCUAUGAUACUCACCCAGAGCAGGUUUAACCAAGAGAAGGUUUUCCCAUCCCCAUCCCCUUUCAAAUCUGGUCUUGUAGAAUAUACGUUGUCAUUGGAACGUAAUGCUUGAAUCUUGUAUGGAUCACUUUUCCUUUCAUAUUCAGGCUUCGAUGCUUUUAGUCGCUGGCUUUGUUGGGUCGCAGUGGCGCAUGGCAAUUAAAUUCUCCUCUCCAGCUGUGAAUUGCAGAAGUUCUUGAGUUUGCUGCGAACCAAAAGCUUGUGGAAGCUGUUUUCUAAAACGCAGUGUUAAGGGAAGCUAUCUGUAAUACUAUUUCAUUGUUCUUCUAGAACUGUCCCAUAUACUAAAGCUUACCUACCGUAUUUUUCGCCCUAUAGGACGCACCGUCCUAUAAGGCGCACCUAGUUUUUUGGGGGGGAAAUAAAGGGAAAAAAAUUAUUUCCCCCCCCCAGGCGCAGGGCUGGGGCAGGGGAAGCCCGAGCUUCCCCCGACCCCAGCCCCCAAUAGGCAGCUCUCUGCAAGCCGUGGGAGCCCAGCGCUGGCUCCCGCUGCUUGCGGAGAGGUCCGCGAAGCCUGGACGCGCUGAGCUCAGUGUGCGCAGGCUUCAGCGUGCGGGCAACUCUCCGCAAGCAGCGGGAGCGCUCCCACUGCUUGCGGAGAGGUCCGCGAAGCCUGGACGCACUGAGCUCAGCGCGGGCAGGCUUCAGCGUGCAGGCAACUCUCCGCAAGCAGCAGGAGCGCUCCCGCUGCUUGCGGAGAGGUCCGCGAGCCUGGACGUGCUGAGCUCAGUGCGCGCAGGCUUCAGCCUGCAGGCAACUCUCCGCAAGCAGUGGGAGCGCUCCCGCUGCUUGCGGAGACGUCCUCGAGCCUGGAGAGCGAGAGGGUCGGUGCGCACCAACCCCUCUCGCUCUCCAGGCUUCAGCGAAAGCCUGCAUUCGCCCCAUAGGACGCGCACACAUUUCCCCUUCAUUUUUGGAGGGGAAAAAGUGCGUCCUAUAGGGCGAAAAAUACGGUAUUUUGCAAGACGGCUUUUGGGACCAGAAAGACUUUGCUAACGCUUGACUAUAAAGGAGGAAAUGCUAUUUCUCAGAAAUCAACCACAUAUGUUUUGUGCGUGCGUGCGUGCGUGCGUGCGUGCACUCAGGCUAAAGGGGAAAGACUUUGAAACGUGCUCUUUUCAGCCAGGAGGUAUAGCACAUGUUGCAGCAGUUUCCCAAAUAAAAUCCAACUUCUGCAGCCUUCUGAGAGCGUCAGAAGAUGGCUAUCUUUAUUGAUGAAGGAUUUGUGCAAAACUGAUAAUGGAUGAUGGUUUCUUCACGGCUGGUGCUUCGUGUUUCCUUUGUUUCUAAGACAUUGGCCAUAUGUGACUGAGUACUGGGAGUGCAGCCAGGCCUAUCUCACGUCCUGCUGCAGAAUGGCUUGUGCUCGAAGCUCUUUGCCUUCUAUAGCUGACAGUGAAAUCUGGCUCUGUACAUUGUUUGCUGGAUCACAGCUAUUGGAACAGGGUGGGUGGGUUGGAACUGUCUUUUACAGCUAAGGAAAAAGCCAGUCAUCAGCUUCUUUUCCUCCUGUUAUUUCUGGUACCGGAGCCGUUGAAAAGGCUGUGCAGUUUGAGCUUACCCCACUAUAUCUUCUCUCAAACUCUUUUUGUUGUCAAAUCUUCUCAUAAUUCAAUUAGUCUACAGCAGACUUCUGCAACCUGGUACUCUCCAGAUGUUUUGGUGAACUACAACUCUCAUCAUUCUUGGCUAUUGGCCGUGAUGUCUAGAAAAGCUGCUCUGGAACCAUUCCUUUCGGGGAGCACUCAUUGUUGGGAAACCUUGUUGGUUUCUUUGUUUGGGUCACAAUUUUUAUCAGCUGUUUCCAUUCCUGGAAUUUUCUUGAAAUGAUGUCUACUAGCUUCUGGAGAACCAUCGCUUCUGAUAGUCCCAUAAGAGAAGGUGUGCUGUAUGUAUAAAGCCAUGCUAAUGAAUACAUUGCCCUUGCAUUAGGUUGGUGGCCCUUAGCUGAAUGUUGAACUUUUGUACUUGUUUUUAUUUGAGGUGUUAUUAGAGCUGUAAACAGGAGAUAUAAUUAGAAUACAUAUUUAAGAUGGAUUCAGAUGACCUGCAUUUUUCCUUCCAUGUGGGAUCGGUUUGGCAGAGAUGCAUCAUGGGAGCUAUGUGUGAUGGAUGGCAACCAUGCUCUCAGCAAGUCACUGCUCCAUUUCAGGUGCAAAAAUGAAACCAUAGUCUGGCCAUCAGAGUUGAGCCUUGGGCUCAUGUGUUCUCUUCUACCCAACUUUGUUUCUUCUUUCUUCAUUCUCUGCAUCAUUUCUUGAUUUGGGCAAGCCAUGAUUUCUCAUUGCGUAUAUCCAGAUUGGUCAAACAACGGUUUGUGCAAAUCACAGUUAGCCUUCAAACCAGAAUUGGAAACUAUAGCAUGGUAUGGUUUGUCUAAACAAGGUGGUGAGGUUGGGAUUUGGAACAUGUGAGGAAAAGCAGGAGGAUCAAAUGUGCAAAUCUGAGGCUUAUUUCCAGUAGCCAAUCCAUGGUUUUGUUGCUACAUCCGAGCUGAACCACUGGGUACUGGGAAAGCAUGAUAGCCAUUGAGUACAUCAUGUAUUGGACCCCAUUACUCUGGAUGGGAUGAGCCUGUAUCACUCCAGAUGGUGUUAGACUCCAGCUCCCCUCAUUCAUGACCAUUGACCAUGUUGGCAGGAGUAGAUGGAAGUUGGAGUCUUAAGAACAACUGAAUGGAUGCAGGCUCUCAAUUCCUGCUGAAUGUGGAACACUUCAUUAGAAAGCUCCAAACAUUCCUUCCCUGUUGCCUAAACACACUUUUAAUUGCUUGCUUAUUCAGAUUUCCCCCCUUAAUAUCUCUUGCGUGUUUAGUUCAUGAAUUUUUAUCUUCAUGCCAAAUAGCAAAAGCUACGGUAUAUAUACAUAUUUAUAGUUUUACAGAGCCCGAUGAGAACAUUGAUAGUUCAUAUUUAAAUUUCAUCUGUUUGAAUCCCACAAGGGAUUGUUGUAAAUAGAAUAAAUGUUUCCAAUUGCCAACCAAUCUGGUAUCACUUAUAUGCAUCUGAGACCCAUAGUGCUAACCAUUUCCGUCUUGUUCAAAUAAAGGUUUUAUUGCAAAUCUCACAAUUCAUCGUCAGUUCUUCCCAAAUGAAGAAGAUGAGACGGGAGCUGCCAAGGCAUUAAUGCGUUUGCAGGAUACCUACAAGCUUGACCCGGAAACAAUAUCAAAAGGAGCAUUUCCAGGUGAUGGUCAGAAGCUACUUGUUGACUUUAUUAAACACACUGAUUCUUGUGUUUUGGUUUCUCAAUAUAUAUGUUCAAUAACAGUUGAGUAAGUGAUGAAGCAAAGUUUUCUUCUACAGUGAGUUUCCUCUCAAACGCAAUCGCUGGUAGUGGUACCAUGCCAGUUUUUCUGCAUUUCCAGACCUGUGGUCAGCCAUGAAAGUCUUGUAAUCUUCACCAGAUUUUGGAAAAGCCUACUAAGCCAUAUCUAGAGCAUCAACAUGAAACCACAGAAACAAGCCUGGAGAUUUAUAAUACUCUCGUCAUAGUUUGUUGCAAUUUGCUUAUGUUUCCAACAAGAAUACAGAAUCUAAAUUGUUAGUUGAAUUAUUUUUGCAAAUGCAGGCACUGCUUAAGUAGAGCUAUUCUCCUUAAGACUGGUAUGUUAGCUCAGUAUUUCUGGACUAGAGGGCAUUUUAAGGUCACCACGUAGGAUUUUCAAGCAGAACAAGAACUUGGCAAACUGUAUUAAAAUUCUGGUGAUAAUUGAGAUUCUCAUGCAUUUGAACAUUUUUUAAGCAAGAAAAGUAACUCACACAGGCUUCAUGUUGAGUAUAAACAUGUUUGGCUUUAAAUCACAUUAACUCAUUCUGGUUUCUCACAUGGAUCAGUUUAUUUGGAAAGUAGUGACUAUGAAUGUCUGCAGGCAAAUGUAUAUAAAUAUAGUUUCACCAUCAAAGAAUUAUGCCCACAAUCUGUUAAUUCUCCAAAUCAGGGCACUGAAGCUUAGAACAGGGGUAUGUUGUUCCAUUUGUGGACAAAUUCUAGAUUCACAACAGUUCUGUGAGGUUCUCCAGGCUAUUUGGAUAAUACUUUGCACUCAGUACUUGAACAUACAGCCUGUGUUUGCACAUCACAUUAAGCCAUAGUAAUGUUUAACUGUUGUUUAAGUCUGAAUGAGGAGUGUACUUGUGCACACUGCUCAGGUAGCUUUACUUGUUGUGUCAUCCAAAUCCAUGUGCGCAGAAGUGGCUGGCUUCCAUAGUGUGCCAUCUCCGCCCUGGUUAGAAGCAGCGGCAUUGCUGCUGGGAAAGCCAGCAUUACAGCUCCACCUCGCCAGGCAAGCCACUUGGGCACAUCCAUACUUGUUUACUUUGUUUGAGGGAAACAAACAAAGCGUGAGUGGUGAAGAACAAGCCUUCGCUAUCCCUCAUGGUUUGGAGCAGGCUUCCUCAAAGUUGGCCCUCCAGAUGUUUUGAGACUACAAUUCCCAUCAUCCCUGACCACUGGCCCUGCUAGCUAGGGAUCAUGGGAGUUGUAGGCCAAAAAAUAUCUGGAGGGCCGAGUCUGAGGAAGCCUGGUUUGGAGAGAAACAAACCACAAAUUACAUGCCAUGCCUAGGCUCUGAGCUGCGAAAAGGCAGCCCUCCCAUUGAAGUUAAAAAGGACCCGGUGGGUGGGUGGAAACGCUGGGCUCAGAGAAGGCAUGUUUCAGGACACUCCUUCUUUGCGUUCUUCUGCUCAUCCUGCAUCUUUUUUAAAAGCAGAAGGUCUUUCAUUGUAGUUUAAAGGAUCCUUUGUGAAGGAGGAAUUUGGGCUCUGAAUGUUCUUCAUGUUCCCUCUUCUCCACUGGUGGCAACAAGCGCUGCAUUAUUAAAACACACCACUGCUUUUCAUUUUCAAGUUAUUUAAUGUAUGUCAGCCAAGAGUUAGAAAAAGGAAAAGAAUGAUGUCCUCUUCAAUGGAGUGCUUGGUUCCUCACUUUCAGCUGCACAGCAAAAAAGGAAAUAUGUUUCUUUAACCACCCCCACCCCAGUCCUUUCAACUGCAAGUAGCCUGUCUAGCAGCUUAAAGGAUCCUAAAAAUGGGGGGGGGGGGAUUGAGCUCAGAGGUUGUGUCCUGGAUGGAAUGUGUCCUCCUGGCUCCAGCCAUCCCCCUUUAGGCCCCAGCUGGAAGGAAAGUGAGUGAGAGGCUGAAAUCAAGUGAGUGGUCCAACUUCCAAGUCAGUUUUCUCUGGGUUUGCUUUUUCAAUAUUCUGCAGUGUGCAGCAUGAGAGCAGUGAACAUGCACAGACAUUGUUUCUGGUUGGUUCUGUAGGCGUUGUGGGUAGGCAAGUGAGGUCAUUUAAGAAAUCCAUUGUUUUCUUGGAUUGUCAUCAUUUUAUUAGUGUGCCGCUUUUCAGUAGUGCUCAACCAUGCUCAAAACAGCUCACAACAAAGUCGGGAGUGUUUGCAUAAUAACAUAUAGCAACAUUUCAAGAACAUAAGUAUGAUAAAAUUGAAACACAAAUGUUUAUAGGCCAAACUCCUCCUGUUAAUAAAUAUAUAGGAAGAUUAAAAGAUCCACUCAUGGAAUUGCAAACGCAGUGUUACAAAUAGCAGCAAAACAGUACAACAUAUCAAAUGCAAGAUCAUUGCCCCCAGCUACAACCCCAAAGCUAGUCUGGACUAGGCCAGGUGGAAAUGAGCCAGAGAAGCUGAGGCCAGGUUUUACAGGACUCAAAACUGGAUGGUCUCUAGGUGCCUUCAGCAGCAAGAGCAGCCUUUGGAGCUGAAGACCUGUACCUGACAGAGAAACAGGGACAUCGGCUCAGUGUGUCCAUUUGAAAACAUGGGGGUGAUAAAUGGAACAGGAUAAUUCCAGAUGGCUUUAACAUUCAGGAAAGUUGUAAAUGUGAGUAGAAGUCACUAGGUCUUACUUAACAUUUGCGUCUCUCAAAUUCAGGAACAAAGUACAGAUCAGUCCUGACAGUGGACGACUGCUUUAGCAUGGGCAAAACAGCGUAUAAUGAUGCGGAUUAUUACCACACCGUGCUCUGGAUGCAGCAGGCGUUGAAAAAGCACGAUGAUGGUGAAGAGGCAGCCAUCACAAAGGCGGAGAUCCUGGAUUAUCUCAGCUAUGGCGUCUUCCAACUUGGCGACAUACAAAGGGCUAUGGAGCUCACGAGGCGGUUGGUGUCUCUUGGUAAGAAGGACACAUCAUGCAUUCUUCUAGCACGCUGGAAAGCUACCUGCACCUCAAGUGGAGAAGCCAAAGUAGGAUAAAGCGCUGCUUUUUGUGAUAUGGUAAACAUUUAGGACCAGGGCGGAGGAACUGUGUUCCAGCCUAAGGACUGCAUUCCUUCCUGAAGAACCUUCCAGGGAUCAUGUGCCAGAGGUGGGCGUGGCCUAAAUUGAAAGUGGGCAGGGCAGUGCUACAUUCCAGCCUCACUACAGUCAGAGGUUUCUGUACACAGGAGACAGCACAUUUGAAGGGCACAUUCUAUACAGACAAAAGCAGUCAGAGAGGGCCUGGAACCAGCUUCAAUCUGGUAAAGGUUUCCCUAAGUGGGAGGGAGUGGGAGACAACCAACCAACUUGCUUCAUUGCAUAGAGUCAUCCUGCUUUCUGUGUUGAAAUCCUGCCAAGAUUUUCACUUCUUUCCUGAUGCCUCACUGCUGUGUGCCAGGAAGGGGGAACCUGUGACUGGACUACCAGCUCCCAUCAUCCCUGACCAAUAGUGAUUCUGACUGGGGCUGAUGGGAGGUGGAAUUCAAGAACAUCUGGCAAGCCAGGUGUUUCUCAUCCCUGUUAUAUGCCUAGACGGUGGUACCUUAGUUUUCGAGCAUCUCAGAAGCCAAACGUUUUGGUUUUUGAACGCUGAAAACCCAGAAGUAAUUGCUUCCGUUUUCGAACACGCCUCGGAAGUUGAAUGGCUUCUGCUGUGUGCUUUUCUCCAUUGACUUUGCCAACCGCCCUUUGCGCCUCAGUUGCUGAACGAUCUUCCGGGACGGAUUACAUUUGACAACUGAGGUACCACUGUACUUGGAAUGAAGUCCUGUUGAAUUUAGCAUGCUUUACUAUAGGAUUGCCCAAGUUGUUUGGGUAUUUUCUGCCAAGUGAAAAGUCUUUUGUUCCCAUAGAGUAGAAUCUGUCUCCUCGGGUACAUAAACACUUAGACUAACUAUUCAACUUAGCUCACAAUAGUUCAGCUUCUAUUUCCUUAUGCUUCACAAGGCCAGGCGUUUAAAGUUAAGUUACUGGACCUGAAAUGGCUCCUUUCCCUUAAGCUUCCUCUCCUAUAUGCUCUGUACCCCAUCCCUUUCCUGGUAUUUCAUGCAUUUUGCAUGCCGUUUGCUAGUUGCUGGCUGUUACAGCUUCACUCUAAAUGUAUGAUUAAAUGAUCCUUGACUUACUUGUAAGUUUUAAAAGCCCUCCGAGGUGUCAUGUUGUAUCAAAUGUUAAUGUUUUACACUGAAUAUAAAAUGGAAAAGCAAUACCAUUGCCUGCAGCAGGAUUUCUGAAUUGUCUAGAGAGCAUAAUUCAUCAACAUCCCCACACAUUUGGACAGAUUUGAUAAAUUCCUCUCAGAAACAUAUGGUGGUGUUGGCAAACUAGCAGACAUAGAAGGUUUCUGAGUCACUCCUUCGCCUUGUGACAUCUGGCAUCAGUCAGUCACUUGGAUUAACGUUCAGUUUAUCUAACCUGGAACAAUAAUCCACUCUAUUUCUCUCAGAAAUCCCUUAAACUGGGGUAGCCAACAUGGCGUCCUCAAUAUGUUGUUGGACCACAGCUCCCUCCACACCUGACCACUGGCCAUACUGGCGGGAGCUGAUGGGAAUUGGAGUCCAGCAACUUCUGGAGGAACCACAUUAGGUAUUCCUCCACUUACGCCAACAAUGAAAACUUGAAUAUUGUUCUGGAUUAUUAUUUUUUAGCAGGCAAAAUUUUGAUAGCCAUUGCGGGGCAGGGCGGGGGGAGAGCAGUGAUAGGUGGGAAAGCAGGGAGACCAACAGUAGAGGGAGCCAGAGCCAAUGACAGGCAGAUCCAACUAACUCUGUACCCACCCUUUCCUCUGCUGAAUUCUAACAGGGCAACACAGGCAGAGGAGGAGGAGGCUGACAGAUUAUGUCACCCCCUGGACUGGUUGUAAGAAGGCAGGCAGGUGGAGGCUGGCAGUGCUUCAUUUGACAUAAUGGAUCAGCCUUCACUUGUGAUUCCUAUAGGAAUGAUGACAUGCUGGUGUUUCGACACCUAUAUCAGACACCUCUUAGCUGACAAAGAGCCCGAAAUUAACAGGUCCGUGGCAAAGUACUGUUACAUUGCAACAAGAAUAAGACGAGCAAUGAUGUCUACAAAGGAGUUCAAACUGUAAACAUCGAAGGAAUGAUAAUAAACAGUAGCGACUCCUGAAUUGAAUUUUAAAAACUUAAAGCUCGAAACCUGGUCAUAAAUAUAAGCACCAAUUCUGUGAAUUGGCCAUAUUUUUACUGUUACUUGUAGCACAAUACUACUCUUAAUGUCAUAUUUUAUAAAUUGCUUCCUGGUCAUUGACCGUAUUAAAGAUAUUUGAUUUGAUUUGAUUUGACAUGCUGGUGUUAAAUUUGGCAUUGAAGUAGGGGAGAUAGUGUUGAAAUGCUGAUUUAGGCAUAUUCCUUUUAAUCGUCUAGUCUGUUGUAGGGCUGGUGAGAAGCAAUGUGUAACAGUUCAAGAUGGAAAUUUCAGUAACAUCAUUUAGCUUCAAUUUCAUGGCAGUCUCCUAUGUUUCUAAUCCAGCUCACAAAGAGUGUUUGGGGGCAUGGCUAACAGCUUGGGGAGAGACUCUGAGUAAGGCAAAAGCUUAGCUGCCUUGGCUGGUUGCUUAGGCAUCAGCAACUAAUACUGGAAAAGAUCACUGAACAACAGAAGGAAUGCUCACACCCAUGUUCUCGCUGCUUCUGUAUGCACAGGAAAUUUAAAGCAAGAUAUUUGCAAUGUCCUCCAGUGCGGGCACCCUUACAAACCCAUGUGCUUGCAGUGAAGAAUGGUACAUGCAUGCUUUGCUUUGUAUCUCUGAUCUGUAAGGGAUGAAGAUGUGUGUGGAUUGAGGGGUUGAUUUUGUUUUAAAUGACAGCAAGGAUUCUUUUUCUGGCUAACGGUGCAAAACAAAUAGCGAGUGAUAUGGCUAAGCCAACCAUCCAUGAGUGGCAAAAUAUAGUUUUUGUUGUGGCAGCCUUUUUAUUUUUAAGCACUGAUUCUCCCAUCCCACAAAGCUAUUGCAACCUCUCCAAGAGAAAAAGCUAAACCCAGAAAGCAGAUUUUGAGUCGGGGAGAAUGAAUGACUUCUUGUCAUUUCAGCUCCCUGCCCUAGUCUGUUCUGAAGUUUUUUCUGCAAGUGAUCUCUAAAAUAUCCUGAACCUUAGAGUCAAUCUUUGUAUUGCUCUCCACCAUACACAUACUAGAAAGAGAGAUUUACCUCAUUUUGGAGGCAGUGCAAAGAAUUUCUCAUUCCAUUACUUGAUUGGCAUGUUCUGUUGGGUAGAUCAUCAUGAAAAUAGAUGCUUCCUUUAUUCUAAAGCUUGUGCUCCUUUUAAAGGCAACGAGAUGCUAUAUGUCAGGGGUAGAUAAUGUUGUGUCUUCCAGGUUGCAUUGAACUAUAGGUCCCAUCAGCCCUAGCCAGCAUGGCCAAUGGUGGUGGAUAAUGGAGUCCAAUAACACCUAGAGGAACCAUGUUUGCUCCCUCUGCCAUAUGUGGUACAGCAGGAAUAGUAUUCUUUAUCAAACUGAAAGAGUCAGUUGAACUGCUUCUUUCCUUGGUGUGCUUUUUUACUUUUAACCAGAAUCAAGAUCUUAACUUUAAUUGACUCCAGAGAGCUCGCUUUCCGUGGUUUUAUUUUUCAAGUAGUGUUGGGAGGAGGGGAGAGUACACUUGACUGCACAAAAUAAUUGGUGUAAUGUUGUAGGCUUGAAGUCCCCCUUUGAUCAGAUUCCUCAGAUAGUAUCACUUUAUCUGUCUCCUCUCUCUCUCUCUCGCUCGCUCUCUCACCUUUCUUUCCCAACCAAGAUCCCAGUCACGAGAGGGCAGGCAGCAACAUGCGGUACUUUGAGAGGCUGCUGGAGAAAGAAAAAGAAGCCAAGACAAUCAAUGAGACCUCAGAUUCGAUAGAGCCAACAACGCACGGUGGGAUAUAUGAAAGGCCCCAGGACUACCUGCCAGAGCGUGAAAUCUAUGAGGCUCUUUGCAGAGGAGAAGGUGUGAAAAUGGUGAGAGAAAGACCAUUCCAAAGGCAGAUUUAACCUAUCGUACUGCAGUAAAUCUUCUGGGAAUGCAUCCCCCAAACAAACUGACACUACCCUUCGGCUUCCGAAAAAGUCCACAGGGAAUUUCAGGAUUGCAGAAUAUUUUAGUUUAAACUUUAAGUCAUUUUUUAAUAAAAACAAAUAAAAACAAAAGCAAAACAAUCUUUCUGAGUAAAAAUUCUGAACCCAGUAUCAGACUGGAAAUCACAAAGUUGCUUUUUCUGAAUAGGUGUCAUCUGUAUCCCCUCAAACCAGUAUGAUCCUUUGAAUCAUAUCCGACAAUUUAUUCAUAAUCAUAAUCUCAAACCCUUUUAAAGCCAGCUUUUCUGCUGCUUUCGUAUCAGUGGAGACCCCAGUUGUAAGCUAAGGCCUUUUUUUUUUUCAGAAGCAAGAGUUUAACUUGUGAGAAAUGAUUAAGAAGAACUGUUGAAGUAUCAUGUUGCUAUAUUUGAUUCUUGGGGACAUAACUACCAAACAUGGUAUAUAAAAUAAUAAGAGUUGGAGGGUCCCUUUGUGGGUCAUAUCCUCAACAUCCUGCUCAGUCCAGGAUACUCAGAGGUACAGUAUCCCCAGUGAGGGAGAACCCACCACACUCCUUGGUCAUUAGUUGAAUUGUCAAGCUGUUCUUGAAGAAGCUCCCCUUGAAACCUUUCUCAGAUGAGUACUCUUGAAGAUGGUUUCCCAACAAUUUAUAAAUGCAUAACUGCUCAAUUAAUAUUAGACACAACCCUGAAGUCUAUAUGUAGAGAUUAAUUAACCUUGACUGAACCUAAACUCAACAUUCAAAAUAGUACAUUUAUCUGAAUUUGUUCAUAGACACCUCGAAGACAGAAGAGGUUGUUCUGUAGGUACCACAAUGGGAACCAAAAUCCCCACCUUCUUAUAGCACCUUUUAAAGAAGAAGAUGAAUGGGACAGCCCUCACAUUGUCAGGUACUAUGACGUGUUAUCUGAUGAAGAAAUAGAGAAGAUUAAGGAGCUGGCUAAACCAAAAGUAAGUGCUUCAAGUCUUUGUCAGUCUUUCACUGGGCUAAUGACAUAUUUUGAUUGAAAUAGUGAGCUUGGGUGACUUAGAGAUGUCAAGAACUCAUUGUCCUAGUUCCAAGAGUGUGAUUUACUGUGAUGAAGCAAAGUUCGUCCCAGCUACAUCAGGAGUGGUUGUAACAAGUUACAGGAUAAUCACAUCUUACACACAUUUAUCUUGAGCAAUUUCCGCCAUAUGUGUUUGGAGGUGAGCUGGUUGAAGUUGCACAAGUUAAAUCCAAGCAAGACAGAGAGCUUAAAAGCUCUUUUUGCACUGAGUCUUGUUUGGAGUUAGCGGGCACAUAAGGAGGUUUUAAGCUCUCCACCUUUCUCGGGGGACAAGGCCACAACCAGAUCAAGGCACUGGUUCUGGGAGUACUAGGGAUUCUUUUGCUCUCUUCUCUUCCUCCGCUAUCUGCAGGGUGGCUCCAGGGCUUGGGUUAUACAGUUUUCACGUACAUGUGGUGACCAUUUUGCAUGAGGGUUCUGUUCCCGGCCCCCACACAUGUCAGCAGGCCACGCAUAAGUCCACCCCACCCCAUUCUGCCUUCAUUUUGCCCUUUUCUGUGUCCCAAAGGAUUCAUGUGUUGAUGAUUGUGCAUCCAUUGGGCAUGCCUAAAAUGGUUGUCACCUGUAUAUGCAGAAUCCCUGCCACAUAAGAUGCAAUCAUACUGUAGUUGCAAUAGGUCUAUGUGCCAGUGAACCCAUAGUCAAAUCAAAGCACUUCAUUGGAACUCCAUUGUAGAAUAGAGAGCAUCUUUCCUUGACCCAUCAGCAGAAUCAUUUCUAAGUGUAUUUUUUGUUCCAGGCACAAACUCCUGCUUAUUCUUUUUUUCUCCUUUUCUUUUUAUAGCUGUCUAUAUUUCAUUCUUGGCUCCAAACUAUGUCUGAAUGACACAGACAGCACAAGUUAAGGAGAUUUUAGGCCAUAGUUAGUUAGUAGGCCUGGGUGCUAAUAUUUUAUUCCUUUAGUCGUUAAAGCACACAGUACGAGAUUUGUGGCAGCGCUAGACCAGUGAUGUUGACUUGAAUGUUUUAUUCAUUAUAAUUUGUGCUGCCUGGCACAAAACUGAAAUGAGAAAUAUUUCUAUUGGACCACUUGAGAAUGACCUUUUCCAGUCUCUGACCCUUUUUCUUUCUUUCCCAACCAUUUUUUAAUAACUGUUGCAGCCACAUUGUUUUUUAUGUUGUUUAUUGAGCUCCCUUGCGUAUAAUUUUAAAGCCAUUCUAAUAAGAAGUGAAAACUGAAUUCAUAGAACAUAUGAAGCUGCCUUGUAUUGGCCUGGUUUGGGCAUAACACUGAAGUCAGCCUCAUAGCCUAACCCUUCUUCAAGGCAUACCCUCACGGCCUACCCCUGUCCCAAGGAAGAUGCCACUUGCAUUUUCAGUGCUAUGUCCAAACCCUAAACAGGUUAAUAUUAAUUCUGGUUUGAGGCCAACCCUAAACUUUAAGGAAACAAGCCAACUUCAUACACUAUGGUUUGAAGUUGACUUGUUUCAAUAAACAAUCAUUUUUUUGUUUAUGUGCACUCUGCUCUGGCCUCUCACAUAAGAACAUAAUGAUGGAUUUUGGUUAGGUUUUUUUCAAUGGAAGUGGAAAUUUUCAGUCUCUUCCUUGCAGCCAUGCCAGAGAAAGAGAGGAAAGGAGAGAGUGCCUGAGACUCACUGACUUCAUGUUAAACCAUACUUUAGCAUAAGAUUCUAAGAAAACCAUUGAGUGAGAUGAUUGCCCUGUCUAGCUUGGUAUUGUCUACUUUGACUGAGACACACUGCACAGUUUCUUUCAGAUGUCUUUCAUAUCACCCGUUAACCUGAAAUCCGUUUAACUUAAGAUAGCAGGAAUUGAACCCUAUGAUCCUAGGUUCUCUUUCACUGAAGCAUGUUCUCUUCCAAGAGCUAUGGCCCUUCAUAUGAAAUAUAUAUAUAAAAAAUAGCUCUUUCAUAAUGUGGCAUUCUACAAGACUCUGGUACUGAAAUUAUAAUUGCAUUUAUUGCCCAUGCAGCUGUAACAGAAAAGAAAGUCAGUAGCACAGGGUCAGUAUAACUUUUCUACCUUUAUUGCUAAAUAAAUGUAAACCCCUGGAGAUGGAAUAAGAAACAGAUACCUUUUGGAGAGCAUGAUUUUUUUUGGAGAUGCUUUUAAAGUAAUAACUCUUUGUUCAUCAACCAGUUUGCCUUGGCUGAAAUUCUUCUAUUUGCCUCACGGCUUUCACCUCUGUAAACUCUGGGGUGUUUUCCUGAUGGUUCAUCAUUACCUCAUACUUAGAAAACAGCAACUUAGCCUAGCUUUGAAUCAACUUUGAAAAGCAGCAGGCAUGUUUUCUAUGUAUGUUGUUUAAAAAGAAAUCCUUCCCAGGUGCAUUUCUAGGUGCGUUUGGAAGCACAACACUUUUCCAGAAUGACCGUCUUUGGCAUGAUAUUUGAGUUGAUUUAGAAGGUUUAAUUUUUGUAUUCUGCUUUACCAAAAACAAAUGUUGAGCUCAAAGUGGCCCACAAUAAUCACAAUAGCAUUAAAGAACAACAAACAUUGCAGUCACUAUACUGUCAAAGACAAUAGCAUAUAAAGCAAACAACAACAAAUUCAUCAAAACAAUUAGUACAGUUCAAUAAAGUCACAGUAACUCAGUAUUGCCAAGAUACUUCCUAAUCACAUGGAAUUUUACUUGUGAAGUCAGCUUUAGUUUUUAAAUGAAGGCACAUUUAGUUUUGAGAAAGGUUCAUUUUUCAGAAUCAGCAGGGUGUUUGAAAUUGAAAGGUGUGCAGGUCUUAAAAAAUGCACAGCUUCUUCAUACUUUGCUUUGAUGUAUUUAGGCAAGCAAUUGAGAUGCACUCUGAUCACAUUACUUCUGGACUGUACAAAGUGUUUUACUUUGAAACCAUGGUGAUUUCAGCCUGUGGGGGAAAGACUAAAGGAAUUGGAUAUUUUUGCUUAAAAUAAAGUUGUUUUACUGUAGUACAAGUGAGCUAAAAAUGAAGAUUUAUAGUGGAACAAAUCUUUUGGCGUUAAUGUUAAUUGCAUCAUCUCUGCAAAACAUUUAUCAAAUGCAGAUGUGAUUGGGUUGGGAAAUUUUAUUUCUCAUCUAGCUCUUGUACUCAUUGGAUAACCAUUUGUUGUACAAUACGGCAGAGUGUAGAGAAGUGUUUACUGCAGAGGCAACAGUCUACCAUCAACUGAAAGGAAUGCCAGUGCCUAUUGUGAUAUUGCUGAAGUUCAAUAUGUAAUUGCCGAGUUCAUAAUAAUGUUCAUGGACUACACAAUUCUCCAAUGCUUAGGAUCUGCAAAUGGUUCCCAGUGGUUACUGAAGCCUUUGGUGGCUUCUGCUUAGCUCUGUUUGUGGUAAAAUUAGCAUCCACCAUUUGGAUAAAGACAAUGACAUUUUAAUAUAAGAAGGUGUAAUUGACUUUACAGGUCAAUGCAGAACUCGAGGGGGAAAGUAAACAUUUUCUGCAACAAUAAUCCAGUGGUGCGUGUGACCGCUGACUUGAUUCCAAAUUUUGCUGAGGAGCUAUAUCACAUCACUAGUUAAUAUUAGGAUGUAGGCUGUAUAUUUUCUAUUCUUGCUUGUUUAUGGCAACUGAAGCAUUCAGAUAGGAACCGUAUGGCAAGGAUAAGACAAUUGCAGGCAUAAAUAUGGAGCUCAGAAUUUUAAUCACUGUAAGCAAAACUUCAUUGUACAAUUAAAGUUCAACAGAUCAAAUUUCUGGCCAUAAUUUGUGGAGCAAGAGCCUGCAACAGAAUAGCAGAUGAGUCAGAAUUCUGGCACUUUGUUGUGCCAAAAACUGCAUGCCGAGACAAGAAAAUUAAUAGGCGGAUUUCAGAGCAUAUGAGAGAAUCUGGAGGAAAACAUUAUCAAACACUGAAGGGGGGGAAUGAUAAGGUGGAAAACAGCUAUUGCUGUGUAGAUUGUAAUGGACACAGUAAAUCUUAGCCUAAGUUUGAUUUAAAUAAAUGUGGCAGCAUCAUAACUGCUGAACAGAAACAAGUUUUACUGGAGGGUCACUUUGAGGAAUGAUGGAGGCUAGUGGGCCAGGGCCCCUCACCAUCGCCCAAAAUGGAUUGCUGGCAAGUUCCAUCUUCAUAAAUACCAUUCCCUCCACUUAUUUCUCUUGUUUCUGGGUUAGCAACUGAGGGCCCCAUGCUCUCCUUCAAAGCCCCGUUCUGACUCAGGCUGCUGUUCCGUAUUAGAAUUUGCUGCCUUUCAGAGCAAUUAUGUGCCAAAUCUUUGUACCAAUCUCUGUUUUUCCCAGUUAAGUCCUUUGCGUUGAUAUAUUAGAAAUACUAGGAAUCCUCUCCCCUUUUUGAGGAUAAUUAAUCCUCCUCAGCUUCACUGAGCUACACUAGUUUUGCAAAUGCAUUUAAUAUUUCUUGUCGUAUCCAGUUUUAACUGUUCAGGCGGCAUCGGUUAAUGAGAAACAAAUAGCACAAAUAUGAAUACAGUACAAAUAUGAACAAGGCCCUGUUAUUAAGUCACCAGCUGCUGAGGUAUGACCUCUGGAAGGUUUCCCAGAAGGGGAUAUGAUCCUUGGGUUGAAAAAAGGUUCCCCACCCCUGAUCUAAAACUAAAGAUGCUUCCAACUCUAGCAGCACUCCAGAAGCAUCUUUUAAAUGCAUUCGCCUCAAAGAAGAAGCCAUUCCUAUCACAGGCGCUUGGUGCAGUGAUGCUUAGUCAGGUGCUGUGACUGUGCCACCCAUCCUGGUUUUACUGGUCUGUUUCAGUCAGUAGCAGUUGGCACCAGGAUUGGUACAGACCUAUUGGCAGAUAUAAUGUGUGUUCAUUCAUUGUGUCUGGCACCUCCAUUAGAGCAGCCUUCCCCAAUCUGGUGCCCUCCAGAGGUUUGGGACAGCAACUCCAUGCUAGCUGGAGCUGAGGGGUGUUUCAGUACAAAACAUCGGAAGGGGUGGUUAUGGAGGCUUCUCUGCAAUCAGCCCUUACCCAACCCUGCCCGUAAACUAAAAGAGGGACUCCUUUCCUCUUACAUAGUCACUUUCUGUUUGUUUCUGCGUUGCAUUGACUAAUGCAAGAUGUAAUCUUCAAGAGUUUAUUGCAGCUGAAGGUUGGGGGCUCUUGUUUUGUUCUCCGAAACCUGUUUCUUAGACAGUAUGGUUUAUAUAAAUCUUCUGAUGGAGCUUAAAAUUCAUAUGAGAUAAAUUUAUCAUUGCCAGUAAUGCAGUAUAUCAUCUUUCUCAGUAUACAUGAUAAAAUCAUCUACCCAUAACAUUUUUACACAGAGUUUUAUCCGAAUCAGAAAUGGGAAGGCUGUGAAUGAAGGACAGGAGGUGCAACUUGUAUUAAUUUUGUCAGUAAUUUUUGUGGUGUAUGUGUGCUACUGAAGUUAUUAAACCUUGCCUUUCUUUUGAUAACAGUUGGCAAGAGCUACCGUACGUGACCCCAAGACGGGCGUAUUAACUACAGCAAACUACCGAGUGUCUAAAAGGUAAGCUGUCCGAGGACCAUUAACAUUCUCAUUGCUGUAGGAGUCAUUUCCAAGUACUGUUGAUGAAAGGUGAAACUUUGAGAAGUUGGGGGUUUUAUUUUUUUGUAAACUGAACACAUGCUGAGCAUUCACAGAAGCAAUUUGUCAACUUCUCUUUAAAGAUUAGCAAUAGGAUAGGAUUGGGGAACAUCUCCUGGUGUUGUUGGGUUCCAGCUUCCACCAACCCCAGCCAGAAUAGCAAAAAAUGCAGGGAGCUGUGGAUUGGGGGGGGGGGCGGAAUAUACUUCGUUUUACAGUGAUUGGAGAGAACGGUCUAAUUUCUCUGUGAAAUCUUCUCCUCUGCAAGUUCAUGGCUGGAGGAAAAUGAUGAUCUUGUUAUCGCCAAAGUGAAUCAUCGAAUGGAGCAGAUCACAGGAUUAACAGUGAAAACAGCUGAAUUAUUGCAGGUAAGUACAAAAGCACACUGCCAGUUAUUCUUCCAUAGGCAUGGGAGACAAUCAGUACCGCAGUCUCCAUGCUGCAAUUUAUGAAGCAGGGGCAUUUGUUAACUCUGUGGGACCAUAACUUAUAACUUACAGAAACAGAAUCAAAAAAGGAGGCGAGGGAAGGGAAAGAUAAUAUUAGGUUCAUUCUGCAAGCCUCCUGCUGGGCAGGUCGUAGCCAGGAGGUCACCAAACUUGGGGGAGCUAUGGGCCCAUUUGCAAUUUGGAGAAAGUGUUGUGGGAACCACACGUGCCCUGCAACCAAGCACACACUGCAGCCUAGUCUACCAGCUGCAACAGAAUGCUUCUUUCAAGGCUUAAUUUCGCAGGUGGAAAGGGACCAUGUGGGCACAAGGGAUGUCUCUGAAUGCACAUGUGCACCCAGGAGUGCUGCAUCAGCAACCCCCCACAGCAGCCUGACAUAUAAAUUACCAUUUUUGAUUAUGGCCCUUAUCUGAAUCAGUAGAGAUUUUCAGUGCUGAGGUGUUUCCAUAUUGGUUUGGUUCAUCUCAGUUCAGUGCGUUGGAGUACCAGAUCCUAGGGAAUGCUGUAGUUUCUGGCAGAUAGAGCAGGCUGAAGAGCUGAGGUUAUGGAUUCAUGGGGCAGAGUGUGCCAAUGGGAACUGUGAAUGCAGUAGUGGAUGGAGACCAUGUCUCCUCCAGCUGCUGUUUUUUGAACUCCAUCCAGGACAAAAUUGUGGAAUUCAGUCAUGAACAAGCCAGUUUCACUUCAUAAUCCUUUCUCCCUACAUCUCCAACUAACUGUCUGAUAUUUCCAUUAUGUCAGCAUUAUCAGAUGAGACUCUUGAGUCCAACUGAGAUAUAUAUUGAAAUCAGUAAGCUUAAAUUACUUGGAAGUCCAUUGGUUUCAAUGAGUCUGCUCAAUGAGAAUGACUUAAUCAACCAUUGCUCUGUAUGUCCAAGACUGAACUGCUCCCUGGAGGAAUUUUUGAGGGUUUGUGCUGGGGGCUGCAAAGGAAAGGAGAGGAGGAACAAGUUUGUUACGCAAGUGGAUUUCUGUUGCUUAAGUGGAGCAGCAGCACUGAAUACAACUGAUCACCUAGGUUUCUUCUUUUAACCUACAGAAGAAAUCUUUUAUUUCUAUUUCAUUACCUUUUCUUUUGUCGUUUUCCUCCUACCUUAGGUUGCUAAUUACGGCAUGGGAGGGCAGUAUGAACCACACUUUGACUUCUCACGGGUAAGAUUUCAAUUUCAAAGAUGUUCUGUGUUCCUGAUAAGCAUACAUAAUUUUUAAGGGUCAAACUAGAGAUAAGAGAGAUUCCUAAUGAGAUCUGACAUAUUUUUAUGCACUCAGGAGCAGCCAUGCGGGCAUGGCUGAUUUUAGAUCAGGGCUACAAGCUCUGCUCAUUCUUUCUCCAGCCACAUACUCACACUCACACAACCCUCUCUAGUUUCCAUCACAGGUCUGUUGGCUCAGCCACAGGUUUCUCUGCAGUUCAAUUUAUUUCCACAUUUUGGAAAAGUUGUGAUCCAGCUACCUGUGAUCUUAGGAAUAAAGCACAGCCAAUUGCAGUGAUGUCAUAAGAUAGCACUUACCUGUAUAGUGUCAUGGAUGUCAUCCAUAAAUUUACCAUACAUGCUGAUUGGGCAGCUAAAGAAUUCUCUCACACCUUGCCAGCAUGUAUGGUGCCUGUGUGGAAUAAACCUUGUUUGAUCACAGGAUGAAACACUAAACUUUGGCUUGGUGUAGUUGCUAUAUUGGCCUUGUAUGCUAUGCCACAUUAAUAAAUAAGCUAGCCAACUAUUUAGCCUGGGGUUCUAAAGGCUGAAGUUCAGUGCACAAUUGCCUUAGGAUAACCCCCAUUGGACAACUUCCUCUCAAACACUAUAGAUGUGCAUAGGAUCAGGGCUGCACACCCCGCUUUCCAAAGCUAAAACAGGGAACCUUGGAAGUUGGGUUAAAGUUCUUGUUUGUUUCAGCGACCCUUUGACAACACACUCAAAUCGGAUGGAAAUAGGCUAGCGACGUUUCUUAACUAUGUAAGUACCUCUGUGUCCUUCUAUGCGUGCUUGAAGUUUGCAGUUCACUUUCAUUUAAUUUUAUAGAAAGAGGAACCUGAUGUUUUCAAGCAUUUAGGGACUGGGAAUCGCGUGGCCACUUUUUUAAGCUAUGUAAGUAUGACCAAUCCUGUAUAUGUGGAGUGAGACCUCUUUGUCAUGCCACUGGCAUAAAUACAACUUACUGCAUGAAAUGUAGUUAUUUACUAGGCUGUAGACCAGGGGUGGCUAAACCUUUUUGCAGCCCGAGAACCACCUUCUCCCUGGGUCAGCCCUGCAGCAAUAGCAUUGGAUGUAGCCAAAGUGGGCUUAGCAGGUCCACAUGUUCACAUACCAGACAGAUCCAGAUCACACUUCCAUGCCUCUGUUCUGUUAGUUUCUAUUUGUUGCCACUGUGCAGUGCUUUGGAGUCACAAGACUCUGUUUACAUUCCAGAGAUUCCAUACUGUUGGAAGUCUCACGGAAGACAGGAGACAGAUGUGACGUUACUGGUUUCCUGUUCCUUUUUUUCCCAGUUGCUCUCUGCUCUCACAGAGAGAGGAUGUUUCUUUUCUGUCUACGUAAUUAGAAAUAAAAGUCUUUAGCCAUGCACCUCAUACUAUCUCGGCUCCUUCUGUGUGCUGGAUACUCUGCGUAAGGGGAACGUGCUUGGAGCCUCAUCAAAGGCUCAGGUCGUUAAUUAUCGUCGGAGGGCAAUUCCAGAAGAGUCGCUUGGUCGAACGCAAGUCCGACAUGUUCUACAUGACAUGCACAACCAACCCAUGUAGUUCAGCUCUGACCCUGGUGAUUUAAGAACAUGUUGAACUGGUCCUGGUCUCAGUGCUGUGGCCAUCCAGUGUAGACCUUGAAUGUGGAGAUUUCCUUGCUCCUUUUCAGCAUAACACAUAGUCACAAUAUCUGUGACAGAGAAUUCAUUGUGCUUCUUCUUGUUUGUCAAAGAAUUCAAUCUGCUCUGCUGAGCUAACUGCUAUAGUUGUGGUUUCAGUAAGAGCUGUGAUUAAGGUACUAUUUAUUUAUAAAUUAUAAUAUAUCUACAUAUUUAUAAAGAUGUUUAAAAAUCUGCACUGCUGAGGAAUGAGAGUUCCAAAGGAUUGGGGACCACUACAGUAUCUUUGUGUAUUAUAAAAAUGGGUUCAACAGGUAUAGCUAUAACUAGUCUGCAAGUAUAGGGAUUCUGUGUGUUUGUGUAAUAUCCAAUUAAAUCAAGUGGGCAUAUUUUCAAGACUUUGGGCUUGUGGAGUGCUGCUGCUGGUUCCUGGUGUUAUGUUGCCAUUGCCAUUUUGAAUUUGCUGGGCAUACCUGUGCAUAUAUCAAAAUGGCCACUAUAUGGCAACCUAGUAGUAUUUUUUUUAAAAAAGAUUUUAUUGUUACCAUUCACUUUAACACACCAUACAGAAAAAGAAAACAAAUUUCCAUCACCACCAAACAAAAAAGAAGGGAAUUAAUACAUCAACUAAUAGCCUUCAAAUCAUUAAAUAAAAGUGGUCUUUUUCUAUCGACCAGACUUCCCGUCUAUUCCUUAUUACAGAUUCUGUAUUAUUUGUUCACUGCCAUUGCAUAACUAGUUUUGUUCAAGUUUAAUAUCCCUUGAUCCAUUCAUAGGUUUUACAACAUUCUUAACACUGCUACUGAAAAUACUCAAACGCUGCAAACGACCUUAGACUACAAUUAUUAUUUUUCAAGUAUAUUUUAAAAACUUCCCAUUUUGAGAUAAAUACCUGUUUUGGUUUAUUUUUAUUUUUUUCUGACAUGCUAUCUAAUUCUGCAUAUUCAGCCAAUUUUUGAAUCCAUUCUGAUAUUGAUGGGACUUUAUCACUUUUCCAAUUUGCCACAAUGAGAACUCUUGCUGCAACCAUAGCAUAUAAGAAGAUCUCUUUAACGUUUUUAGGAAUAUCCGAAUCUGUGAUUCCCAAAAGGAAAGCUUCUGGUUUCCUAUUGAAAGAUAUUUUAAACAUUUUUUCCAAUUCUCUGUGGAUAUCCUCCCCAAACACCUUGAUUUCUUUACGCUGCCACCACAUAUGGAAUAGAGUACCUGGCUUUUCUUUACACCUCCAGCAGUUAUUUGGGACAGUUUUGAACAUCUUGGACAGUUUCCAAGGGGUUAAAUACCACCGAUGCUGCAUUUUAAUAAAAUUCUCUCUCAGAGAGUAACAGGCUGUAAAAUUCCAGUUUAUUUUCCACAGGUUUCCCCACUGCUUCUUAGUUAUUGAGUACCCAAAAUCUUGUGACCACUUAAUCAUAGACGCUGUAACCUCCUUCUCCUUGACUUCCCAGUCAAGGAGGAUUCGGCAUACUUUAGAAAAGUGUUUUAAUGACCUAGUAGUCUUUAAUGGGUCAUACGAAUCUUCAAACCUGUUUUGUUCAAAAAUUCUCAUCUCCACAUCAGCUAUUCCACAUAGCACUGACUAGACAGAGCCACAAUAUUUUCCUUCUCACUGCUGCCACUGGCUUUGGAUUCGUCUUUGAAAUGAGCUGAAUCUGAUUUAUACCUCUUUAGGGGAAUCUUACUUCCUUGCCUUAAUUAAAGACAAUGGCUUGGGUCCUAACUUACCUCCAUCAACAGAACAGAGUUCUGUUUGCAGAACAGUGAUUUUCUGUUUCCCACUUCACUCUGCACUAACUGCACUCCUGGAAAUCCGUUCCUGAGGGUUGGUGGACCUUGGAAAUGGUAUGAGUUAUAGUGCAGAUGGAGGGGGUAGUUGGCAAAAAUGGUUAUUCCCCCCUCCCAAUCCUUGCAUAAACAGAAUGGUAACUUAGGAUUCAAAUCAUUGCAUGGAAGUAAGUGUCACUCCAUUACAGUACAAGUCGGUGGCUCACUGACCUGAAAUUACUCUAACACAGAAAUAGAGCAGUGUCUGUUUUAUUGCCACAUGUCAGACCUAUAAAUGACUCACUCUGAGACAUGUAUAAUUGAGCAGUGUUAUCAAUGCCAAGGUAUGCUUCAAAUUUGCUAAGGAAACAUGUGGCUAAAUGGCAAUGUUGCUUUUUCUCACCAAAUGAGUACCAUAAAAAAAAAAAAAAUUCUGGAAGGGGUUCAGGCUACAAUCCUAAAUGCACAUUCUAGGGAAUAAGCUCUGCUGAUCACAGUGAGGCUUUCAAUAUGCAUAGGAUUCCACUAUUAAUUUCAAUUGAAAGCAGGCACCAUACCUAUUUUUAAGCCAGAUUGUAAGUCAGUUACCGCUGUCUGACUUUUGAAACCCUGUAAAUAUGAGAUAACUAAAACCACUGGCUAACAAGGGGGGGAGGGUCCUUAAAAAUGCUUUUAUUUAUCCAGAUCAAUCUACAACCCAUAAUCUAAUUGACCCUUUGCUCUGAUUAACUAGAUUAUGGAUUGUGGCUUGUCAAGCAUUUUAGACUCCCUUGUUAGCCAUUGAUUUUAGGCAUCUCAUAUUUAUAAGCUUUUAAAAGUCAGACAGCAGUAACUGACUUAACAUUUCUAUAGAGGAAACGAUACAUUAAUCUGUGCAGUCUUACAAAUCAUCGAUGACUUUUAUGGAUAUUCUCCCCACCCCCAGAUGAGUGAUGUAGAAGCUGGAGGUGCCACAGUUUUCCCAGACUUUGGAGCAGCAAUUUGGCCCAAGAAGGUAACAGCUGAACUUGUCUAUUACUCAUGUUUUCCCACUAAAACUGCUAUGACCACUGUUUUCGCUCUAAAUAUUUCCCAGUCUUGUUUGUGUUCUGCACCCCUCCUGCCCAGUUGACCAUAUGGUGUGGCAACUGGCUUGAUUAACAAAUGUGGUAGUGAUUUCUGGGCUUAGAUUUGCAAUGCAAAAUGAUUAAAAGCAAGCACAUUCCAGCACUACUAAUUAAAAAAUGCAAUCAGGCCGUCUGCUAAAUCUGAUUCAGGAAGCAUCUGCCUGAAUUUUAAAAUCAUUCCCUGCCUGAAUGAUGUUCACUGUUUCAGGAACUUUCUAGACAUUGGCCCAGUUCCCAUGCAGCACCGAACCAUCAUUUAAAGCAAGCUAUGGUUUACUGUGAACAAAUAGCAUUCUGGUGCAUGCUGCACAGAUGUUCCCAGGACACUUGUCCAGUGAUUGGUGCUGACAGCAGUCCCCUUUAGUAUUGGCUGCACUCGGCAUGCACCAGAAUGCUGCUUGUUCACAGUAAACCAUAGUUUGUUUUAAAUGGUGGAUUGGUGUGACGUGGGAACUGGGCCAAACGAUGCUACCUUUGCAAGCUUGUUAAAAGUGGGAACAGAGAAAUUUAUAAGCAAGGAGGUGACUGGAAAUGAUUGUGGUCUUCUUGUAUUAAUGUAAGCUAUAGGUUUGGUGGCAUAUGAAGGAAAACAUGCACAAAUAGUAUUUUUUAUUUCAGUGAAAACUUUUCUUUUACUUUCAGGGGACUGCGGUAUUUUGGUAUAACCUCUUCAGAAGUGGAGAAGGUGAUUACCGGACACGGCAUGCAGCAUGUCCGGUGUUAGUAGGGUGCAAGUGGGGUAAGUAAGACUCCCAGGUCCUUGGUUUUAGGACAGGCUCACUAAGCACUAGGCAGGAGUGGGGAACCUUUGUCCCUUCCGCUGGCCCUUGGGUGUGGCAUGCCAUCAUAACAGAAUGCACCCAGCUCUCCCUCUUCACCCCCGGGGUCAUGAGCACAAGUUACUCCCAUGAGUGCCCAUGUUUUUUGUGGUCAAAGGCCAGGCAGAAAGGGAAAGAGAGAGCUCAGUCGAGUCCUUUCCCAGUCCCCAUCCUGCAUGCACAUGUGGGAUGCAUCGGACCUUUAAUUUUGAAGCAUCGCAAGAUCUAGAUUUGGGGUUGGUUCCAGUGUGUUUAUCUCGUUUCUACUGUCUAUAAUAUGUGGCAAAGGGGGAAAUAAAUGGAGGAAUGUGUGCAAUUCAACCAGUUUUUCCCCUUGCUGCUUCAGCUAAAUUUUGUUCCGCAGUGCCCAACGUGAGACGGUUGCAUACGGGCCUGGUGCCCCAGUUCUAACGAAAACUUUUAUUGUUUACAGUAUCAAACAAGUGGUUUCAUGAAAGAGGAAAUGAGUUCUUAAGGCCAUGUGGGACAACAGAAGUCGACUGA